GUAAUUUCUCGUAGAACAAAACGAUCGACGAGAAUAUCCAGUACUGCAGUGGAUGUUUUUAACUGGAUAUAGUGGUGACCAUGAACCCUUAACAACAACCUGUCAUCCUAUUAUAUAGUUUGGGUUUGGUUAAACCAAGCAUAAAAAAACAGUUGUUAUUAUUUAUUGUGCAGUUGACAACUGAUAUUCUAUUUAUUCUUAUUGUGUGGAUAGCUUCUCUGUGAAGGCCAAACUAUGAAAAUGGUGUUAUCUCAACGCCAACGGGAAGAACUAAAUAAAGCCAUUGCAGAUUAUCUUGCAUCAAGUGGAUAUAUGGAAGCUUUAGAAUGUUUGAAGAAAGAAGCAGAUAUGCCUGGAGAAAUAGACAAGAAAUAUGUUGGACUUUUAGAGAAAAAGUGGACUUCAGUCAUCAGACUACAGAAAAAGGUUAUGGACUUAGAAACAAAGUUAGCUGAAGCAGAGAAAGAAUAUAUAGCUGGUGCUCCUACUCGAGAGAAAAGAUCCCCUUCGGAAUGGAUCCCUCGACCCCCUGAGAGAUAUACUCUUACAGGGCACCGAUCACCAGUGACCAGAGUUAUUUUUCACCCUGUUUUUAGCCUUAUAGUGUCUUCCAGCGAAGAUGCUACAAUCAAGGUUUGGGAUUAUGAAACAGGGGAUUAUGAGAAAACCCUGAAAGGCCACACAGAUUCAGUUCAAGAUAUUGCAUUUGACCACACUGGAAAGUGGCUAGUGUCUUGCUCUGCUGAUAUGUCUAUUAAACUUUGGGACUUUCAAGUCUAUGAAUGCGUCAAAACAAUGCAUGGGCAUGACCAUAAUGUCUCCUCUGUGACCUUUAUGCCCAGUGGUGACCACAUAUUAUCCUGCUCUCGAGACAAGACCAUCAAGAUGUGGGAGGUUGCAACUGGGUAUUGUGUCAAAACUUUUACAGGCCACAGGGAGUGGGUGAGAAUGGUCAGAACUAACCAGGAUGGGUCUUUGAUUGCAUCUUGCUCCAAUGAUCAGACUCUAAGAGUAUGGGUGGUUACUACAAAAGAAUGUAAACUGGAGCUCCGGGAACAUGACCAUGUAGUGGAAUGUAUUGCAUGGGCUCCAGAGAGUGCAACCCCAGCAAUCAAUGAGGCAGCUGGAGCUGAUAACAAAAGAGGAGCUAGGAUUGGUCCAUUCUUGGUGUCCGGAUCUCGAGACAAAACUUUGAAAGUGUGGGACAUCAGCACUGGCCUCUGCCUUUUUACUAUGGUUGGGCAUGACAACUGGGUGCGAGGUGUGAAGUUCCACCCAGGUGGCAAAUACAUCAUCAGUGCUUCAGAUGACAAAACCCUACGAGUGUGGGAUAUUAAGAACAAACGCUGUUCAAAGACUCUGGAUGCCCACACACACUUUUGUACCUCAUUAGAUUUCCACCGGAAUGCCCCUUAUGUAGUCACAGGCAGUGUAGAUCAGUCAGUCAAAGUGUGGGAAUGCCGUUAAGAGGUUUUCUAAAGCUGCAAACUUCCUCGUGGAAGUCUUUUUUUAGUUCAACUCACUGUGAAUAUUUUCUGUGAUUAAUGCUUUUCCCUCAUUAGUUUACCUACAUUUUUGAUUUUAUCUUCUUUUCCCAGUCUUUAAUUGCAGCUAGCUACUGUUCAUACUUAAUUCAUAUUUUGUUACCAAGUAUACAUUUUAACAUUCUGCUGUCUGUUCCUUUUUUCACUCUGAUUUGAAUUUAUUAAAGUACAAUGGAUUAAGAGAAAAAAAAUGCUAUUAGGGAAGAGCAGCUUUAGAAACUUGCAAGAUGUAAGGAGCUUUUGAUGUUGUAUGUAUAACAGUAACUUUAAUUAAGGUAUUACAACAAAAAAUACAUUGCCAAACUCUUAACAUUUUGAACAGAAUUGUUUGUCCUGUAGAGAGUAAAUGAAUGUGAUGUUCCUUGUUCUAAUCUUAAUCCUUGUGUUCUUCAAAUGUAUUCUUGAUAAAGUAUAUAAAAACGUUUUAAAGUGCCACUUCAACAGAGAAGGUACUGUAUUUAGUCAUUAUUUAGGUGCAUUAGCUUUAGAGAUAAGCAGCGUUAGAGAUGGUUGAAGUCUAAAGUUUGUUAGUUGUUAGAGGGCACUUUAAACUUACGUGUAGUUUAAAAACAAUUCUGAAAUAAAUGGUACCAGUGCCAGUUGGUUUUGCACAUCGUGUACAGUAAAAUGAGGUUGCAUUAGCAAUGGAAUUUCUGUUACAAGUGGUGGAAUAUAACUAUUAAUCAAUGCUUUUUUUUUUAUAUAAGGAGCAGGUGAAUUUUUUGACUGAAGUGUUUUAAAUCGAACCAAACUCUAUGGUUGUUUCACUUGUUUCCAGAAAUAUUAUUUAUCAGUACUUAGCUUGUAAAUGAAUGAUAUCUGUAUGGAAUUUAUGAUGUAAUGAAGAUUGUAAAAUAUAAUAUUAUUACUGAAUUAUUUUCAAUAUUGUACUAUUGUAUGGCACUGGUUUAUAAUAGUGGUUUUCUGUUCUUUAAAGACUGCAGGUGAUUUAGUACAGUAUUGUGUGAGCUGGCAGAAAAUAAAUAUAUUUUCACUUUCCGUGCCGUUGACUUCAAAGUUUAAAAUCCUUUAACGCUCAGGAGUAAAUAGGAAACAUCACCUCAUUGUUUUAUUUUUAAAGUCUUCUUUCUCGGAUAAAGUAGUUCAUUGUUGUGAGCCUCCAUUCCAAACCUCAGAGCAGCAUCAGUAGGUAAGCAUGACACUGUGUUGUGUAUUGAUACUCUCUCAGCUUGUGCCAAUAUCAUUGGUGCAGGUUUGAUGACUCACUCAGACCUCUCAGUUUUUGGACUCGGUAAAGGGAACUGUAAAUAUCACUCUGUUUAGGCAUUGACUCUAACCAUCUGAUUUAACCAAAAUGUUCUUUUCCUUCUUGUUUAAAAAACAAGCUGACCUUAACUGUAUCUUUGUAAUGUUUCAAAUCUUUAAAUAAUACGAAGAACAACAUUAAUCCUUUGCUUUUCAAAAAACUACGCUUGGUACACUCAUUAUUUCUGUUGUUCUUCAAUAAAAUAUAUAUAUAAGAAAUUAAUCAGAUAUAAAAGCUUUGAUGUUUUGUCUAAUUUUUCCUGGUGCCUAAAAAUUCAAAAUGGUUGGCUUUUAAAGUGUUAAAAAGUAAAAUCAUAAAUUUUAAUGAUAGGUGAGCCUCGUGUGUCUGUACCAGAUAAUUGCGAAUAAUGCUUCAAUGAUAGCCACACCCCCUAGCUUAUCUAUACUCUGAUAAACAGUCUAAUAAUAUUUUCUUACUGUUUGUGUUUUAUAUUAAUAUUACUAGUAAACCAUGAACAUCAGUUUUUAAUAACUAUUUUUUUAUAUUUCAUACAAUAUACUUCUUGUGUAUGCUGUAACUAGUUUUUUUUUUAAGAUAAAUUAAUGUUGAGUAUCUUUGUAGACGUUAGUUUUGGCUACCUUUCUAUACAUUUAAAACACAAUGCAGUUAAUUUUAAUUAAAAAAUGGAAUUUGUCAUACUGUAGUAUCAGUUGUGGGUUUUUUUUCAGUUCUCUGUAAGUUUAUUUCAAAUGAAUGCAACUUCUAGGUAUGUGUCUGGAACACAGGUGAAGUACGAGUCGUAUUGGUAGAUAGUAAGUAUUCACUGUGGUGCAAUGGCUGGGAGGUCAGAGUUUUGAAUUCAAAAGCUUUGCUUUCUCUCAGUAUUCAGAGAGAAGAACCUUGGGGUCAAAGCUAAAGCUUCAAAAUUGCGUUGUUAUGCUUAGCAUAAUUUUAAAGUAAAACCUUAUAUUUUGGGUUAAUUUUCUUUUUUGUGAAGCUUAGUAUUUAUGUGUUUGUAGAAUAAGUUUUUGCUUUGGGAUGAGCAUUCAGAAUAAUUCUGUAAAUAAGAUGCUUUAGUGUGAUGUUCUUUAUGUAUAUUUUACAUCUUUACAUAAAAGUGCACUGACAAAGAGAUCAAUUUAUUUCCUGAAAGAAAAUUAUUUUUUCAUCAUAAUGCAUAGAACUCAUUCUCAUUACUAUGUAUCAUGAAACUACAGGGAAGUUUCUUCUAGAAUAGCGUUCACACGUUUGGGCCCACCUCAGAAGUGGCAGAAUGUUUUAACUUCAACCAGUACAAGUUGGAAAGAUCAGCCAUCAGAUUAAGGGAUUGACUUCUGAGUGGAGACAAAAUGCUAUCACUGAAUUUAUGAAAGAAUUAUGUAUCAUACACUGUGUUUUGCUUGUGAUUAAUAAUUUGUGUUGAAUGAAAUAAAAUAUGUGAGUUUAGUCAUUUAGUA